AGAAAAUGGAAAACAGGGAGGGCUGAGUGGGGGCCUUUUCCAGCCCUUCUACUCUUUCAAUUUAUAGGUCCUCCACACACACACCCACACACAGUCCCACACACACACAGUCCCACACACAGUCCCACACACACACGCAGAGACGGCAGAGCCCAGAAGGCAAAGUCAGGAUGUGACAUCAUCCACAGGAAGAGAAGCCAAACAACUUUUUCUCUCUUGUCUGUGCUGCUGAGUGAAGUUGGAGCCUCUCCGUCUGUUAGUGGCCGGCAGAGAGGGAGAGGAUCCAGAGGAGCUCGAGGGGGCAGAGCAGCUGGAGCUGUCCUGCACAGGGAGUUUCAAGUCAAAGGCUCCGGCGCCUGUAUCCUCCCUGAACUUCCCACAACUUCCCACCACAUUCCUCCGAUGUAGGAUUUCAGCCAGAAAGGUCCCUGCAUCUGAAAACAAUCUUUACAUGACAGACACUGACCCCCUGUGACCCACGAUAUCCGAGCUGAAACCAGCCAUCGCUCAGGAAGGUCACGCUUUAUCGAACUCAAACUAAUUAUUACUCUGGAGAGCUUCUUCUCCCCUUAUCUCGGGGGAAGCGACUGAGUCAAUGGCGUUGUGUCUCGGACAAGUGUUCAGCAAAGACAAAACAUUCAGGCCGAGGAAGCGGUUCGAACCGGGCACCCAACGCUUUGAACUCCACAAGAAGGCCCAGGCCUCGCUCAAGUCCGGCUUAGACCUGAGGAAAGUGGUCCAGCUGCCGGAGGGAGAGAACAUCAGCGACUGGAUCGCUGUUCAUGUGGUGGAUUUCUUUAACAGGAUCAACUUGAUCUAUGGCACGGUGAGCGAGUACUGCUCCGAGCGCACGUGUCCCAUCAUGUCCGGGGGGCUGAGGUACGAGUACAGGUGGCAGGACGGUGACGACUACAAGAAGCCCACCAAGCUGCCCGCGCUCAAGUACAUGAACCUGCUGAUGGACUGGAUAGAGUCGCUCAUCAAUAAUGAGGACAUCUUCCCCACCAGAGUAGGUGUACCUUUCCCCAAGAACUUCCAGCAGGUGUGCAAGAAGAUCCUGAGCCGUCUCUUCCGGGUGUUCGUGCAUGUUUACAUCCAUCACUUUGACAGCAUCUGCAGCAUGGGUGCAGAGGCCCACAUCAAUACCUGCUACAAGCACUACUUCUACUUCAUCUCGGAGUUCCACCUCAUUGAUCACUCUGAACUGGAGCCCCUGAAGGUGAUGACAGAGAAGAUAUGCAAUUAAACAAAACCACACGGACAAAAGGAGUUUACAUUUACACGUUAUCUGAGCCCUGUGAGAAAUCAUCGGCAUCAAACACUCAAAACAAAGAACAAUUUUACAUAAAGUGAGUGGUUUUCUAAUGAAAAUGGGAACGGUCCACUGACUCACCACAGUUCUUCAGAUGGUGGCCCUGUGCCAUCACAGAGCUUGGUGCAUGAUGCCAUUAUUAUAGGACUUUGUUUAUAAUACAUCUCCUGUACAUAUGCUUUUUCUUUCCUCCUCCUGUGCAUGUAUGUUUAUGUUUGAACUUUUUUAUAUAUAGUGUUGAGUCUUAUUUUCUUGAAUGAAAGUUUGUAUUUUAUUUUUUAUGUUUUUUACACUUUGAACAUAAAAAUGCAGCUGGAAAAUGA